CACAACUCUCGUGAGAUCCCGGAUUGCCGGAAACGUGAUUUGAUCUCUUUCGCCAUCGUCAGCAAACCAAGCAACAUGAGUAAAAUCUCCCGAGAUACGCUGUACGAUGUGGUGGGCACUGUCCUGCAAGCCUGCAAGGACAAACCCCGUAAAUUCACGGAAUCCGUGGAGCUACAGAUCUCACUGAAGAACUAUGACCCUCAGAAGGACAAGCGUUUCUCUGGAACCGUCAAGCUGAAGCACAUCCCUCGCCCCAAGAUGAGGGUCUGUCUCCUUGGCGACCAGCAACACUGUGAUGAGGCUAAGGCUAAUGACAUCCCCAGCAUGGAUGCCGAGGCCCUGAAAAAACUUAACAAGAACAAGAAGCUGGUGAAGAAACUAGCUAAGAAAUAUGAUGCUUUCCUGGCCUCUGAAUCGCUUAUCCGCCAGAUUCCCCGUAUCCUGGGGCCUGGUCUGAACAAGGCUGGUAAAUUCCCAACCCCAAUCACCCACAACGAGUCCAUGACUGCCAAGGUGGAGGAAACAAAGGCUACUAUCAAAUUCCAGAUGAAGAAGGUGUUGUGUCUGGCAGUAUGUGUGGGUCACGUGAAGAUGGAGCCAGAAGAACUGGUGGCUAACAUCAACCUGUCCAUCAACUUCCUGGUGUCGCUGCUGAAGAAAAACUGGCAGAAUGUACGAGCUCUCUACAUCAAGAGCACCAUGGGACCCUCACAGCGAGUCUAUUAAGAAACUAUAGACCGUUUUUUCCAGUAACAGUGAUUGUGAAAUUCAUUGCUGUGAAAUAAAUUGACGGAAAAAAAAA